CAAAUGUUCUGAAAACAACAUCGGUCGAAGGAUUGCCUGGCAUUUGAAGUGUCCUUUGUUUUAUUUCUUUUCAAUUCUAUUUUUAAAAAAAUAACAAAAUAAAACCAGUAAAGCACCAGACUUGAUUGUGUUCCCAUUAUCCGACAAUCCUAUAAAAGAAGAUCUGUUUAUAAAAGCAUUGGUUAAAUGAAAAGUCACUCGUUCACAGAGUGAAGUUGGGCUUUCACUGAAAGGACUUGAGAGAUUGCAAGGAUCCACAACAAACAAAUUCCCUAAAAUGAAUUUCGUGUAUACUAUUAUAUUUUUCUUGCAACUACCCGUGUUGCUGUCUGCGGCGGAGAAAACUUUUACGGCCGCCGUUUUUGAGCCGACGAUACCAAGGAGAUCAUCCAUGGGUUUGGUUUCGCGCGACAAUGCCAUCGAACAAAUGAAACAUGUCCUAAAAGGAUACGCUGAGGUUGCUGCAAGGGCCAGCAAAAAGGGUGUGGAUAUUUUGGUAUUUCCUGAAAACGGUCUUAUUGCACAUUUGGACGGUGUCACUCGUCUUGGUAUUAGGAACUUUCUCGAUCUUAUACCAGAGCCUAACAAAGAGAAACCGUGGAUUCCAUGUGAUGAACCUUAUCUCUAUCCAAGAACAGAAAUUCAGCAAGUUAUUAGCUGCAUUGCCAAAAAGAACAAGAUUUAUCUUGUAGUCAAUGUCGGAGACAUACAACCCUGCAAUCGUACAGAUGAUGCAAACUGCCCUUACGAUGGACGUUACCAAUAUAACACGAAUGUUGUCUAUUCAUCUGAAGGGGCCCUUGUUUCUAGAUAUCACAAAAAACAUCUUUUUUAUGAGCCUUAUUACAACUCCCCCAAGAUUGCAGAAUAUGGAGUGUUUGACACCCCAUUUGGCCGUUUUGCAAGCAUCGUAUGUUUUGAUAUAUACUUCAAUGAUUCGCUAAAUGAAUUAGUGAUGAAACAUCAAGUUUCAAAUAUUCUUUUUCCAAAUCUAUGGUUUGAUACCCCUCCUUUCUUUUUCUCGUCCUUAUUCCACAAUUCAAUUGCCAAAGCCUUUAAUAUAAACCUUAUUUCUGCGAAUAUCAAAAUAAACAAUUUCGUACGAGGCGGAAGCGGAAUAUACACACCCUCAAUAAAUCGUUAUGUAUAUAACCCCUUAAACCCUGCUCCUUCAGAUGAAUAUAUUCAGUUACAAGUUAAAAAUCUUGAAAAGUCAAAAAGGACAUUUCCCUGCCCCCCAAUACGUAAGGUUCCCGAAUCAGACAACCCCGACGUUAAAACAGCAACCAUGACAAAUCUUUUCCCUGUAUCUGCUGUGAUGCUUCAUAAGUAUUCGGGCGUUGUUAGCGUGUGUAAAUAUAAUGCAUGUUGUUCACUUCAGUAUGAAUUCAUGUCUAACAGAACCUCAGUGUUUAAUAUCAAUUAUAUUUUAGCAAUCACCAACGAGGAAUCUGUUGAUUUGACUAAUCCAGAGGGUGUAGACAUGCAAUCAUGCAUUUUAUGUCCAAUCAAAGAUUUUAAAAUGUCAUGUCUGAUGUCUUUACCGGCCGGUAUCCCCGAUGGAGAAGUUAGCUUUCGGAAAUUAAAGAUGACAGCUCAUAAUUUUAAUACUUCUUAUUUUUUCCCCCAUAUUGCGACUUUUAAUUCAAGUACUUACGAUAUAAAUACAUCUUGGAAGCACGACAGAGGAGAAAUAGAAAUUACAGAACCUGUUAAAAAGGUUUUUAAUGCUGUUAUAUUCGGAAGAUUGUAUCCCAAUUCAGCUACAGCCACAUUCGCAAUAUUUCCAGCCAUUCUAUUAAUCUUGUUAAAUUUAAUAUCGAAGGAACUUCUUGUUUAAGAUAUUCUCCCUUUCUUGUCCUCCUCACGCUCAACUGCACUUUUGUGGAACUUCCUUGAAGCCGGUUUUAUUAUCCUCAUCUCCUGACCUUCAACACAAAACAAAUCUUAUGUACAUGACACGGGUUAUCAGUAACAUUCGACUUCGGAAAAU